CAAAGGACACAUUUUAAAAACGAGAAACAAUUUCCAUUUAAAACUGGGAAAUAAAAACUAUUCGAGAAGGCGUUCAGGUUUUCUUUCUUUUUUUUCUUUUUUUUUGGUGUCGGUGACAGUACAUUUUUACACAAACGUUGAUAAAGGUUUCAGUCCGGAAAAUCUAAUGAUAACCAGGAAAUAUUGCUACAUUUAGAAUUCCAUGAUGUCUGUAUCACGUGACAUGGGUCUAGCGUUAGGAUAACAUUACUCUCUGUCUGACGACAAUAAUGUACUGGGUGUGGACAUUUAUAAUUCUCUCUGUGACGUACAGCCGGGGGACGGGCGCCUGUCCAGACAAGUGUAGCUGUGAGACUGCGUCUUCCUGUGAUGGGACUUACGUAGAUUGUAUUGCUAAAGGACUGACCACAGUACCAACCAACAUCCCAAAGGACACCUGUGCCUUACAUCUGUAUAAUAACCAAUUAACAACGAUAGGAAAUGGUGCUUUUGAGGGUCUGUCAAAUCUACAGACACUAUAUCUUUUUAGUAACCAAUUAACAACGAUAGGAAAUGGUGCUUUUGAGGGUCUGUCAAAUCUACAGACACUAAUUCUGGGUUAUAACCAAUUAACAACGAUAGAAAAUGGUGCUUUUGAGGGUCUGUCAAAUCUACAGGAACUAAAUCUGGGUUAUAACCAAUUAACAACGAUAGAAAAUGGUGCUUUUGAGGGUCUGUCAAAUCUACAGACACUAUUUCUGGAUAAUAACCAAUUAACAACGAUAGAAAAUGGUGCUUUUGAGGGUCUGUCAAAUCUACAGACACUUCCAAUUGACCGCAAUCCUCUUCACUGUGAUUGUCAGCUAGUCCCCUUCCUCAGUUUCGCCAAAUCAAGAAGUUUGGAAUUAGGAUUAGUCGGUGAGCCAACCUGUCACACCCCCGCUAAUCUGAGAGGAACACAGAUUAAGAAUCUACGACUUCCACAAAUGUCCAGGAACUGUAGUUUGGAUUCCACUACAAUUACUGGUACUACACAUCUUGCUACUAGAGAAACUCCAGACACGGGUGUGAUAUCUACAACAGUGAUGGUCCCUGGUAGGUGGUCAACAUGUACCGAAUGUACUUGUAUUGUUAAAUUGUAAAACAAUUUAUUAAAUGCAUGAACCUUCUUCAUAUUCAAAGUACCAUAUAUAUUCGUUUCUGCAUAGUUUGGUUACAUUCACGAUGUUUAGUUGAUCGCUGAUAAAAAGUUUAUGAAAAUAAUAAUGUACAAACACAUAUAUGUAUAUUAUAAAGAGAGAUAGGCUCUAUUUAUGACUUUGUUGUCAACAGCGGCAUGACUAAAACUUUCAAAAUUAUUUAUAACAUGACACAUUGAUACCUAUACUUCUACGCAUUAUUGCAAUGAUACAUUCAAUGUAGUUCUUUGAACUUAAAAAUUUAAAAGUUAUGUCGAUAUCUACAUGCCCCUUCACAUCACAAUACUGAAAAUGUCGAUAUUGUAGCGAUAUCAAAGAACAUGUCACAACAAUGAAAAUCAAAGCCACUACAUUUCACGUGAAUAUCUUAUCGUUACGAUAUUGACAAUAUCACGUGAAUAUCAUAUCGUUACGAUAUUGACUAUAUCACAUGAAUAUCUUAUCGUUACGAUAUUGACAAUAUCACGUGAAUAUCAUAUCGUUACGAUAUUGACUAUAUCACAUGAAUAUCUUAUCGUUACGAUAUUGACAAUAUCACGUGAAUAUCAUACCGUUACGAUAUUGACAAUAUCACGUGAAUAUCAUAUCGUUACGAUAUUGACAAUAUCACGUGAAUAUCAUAUCGUUACGAUAUUGACAAUAUCACGUGAAUAUCAUAUCAUUACGAUAUUGACAAUAUCUUGAUACUUCAGUCAGUCAAAUUGAUACAUCAAUUUUUUGUUGAUAUCAGUACAAUACUAUCGAUAUCAGCAAGUUUAUAUGAUAUGUUAUUGAUACUUUUCUAAUUAUUGGCUAAUCUAGUUUUUAUUGAUAUCGAUAAUGACAUGGUACACUGUGUUGCGUAUCUAAACAUACGAAUAAACAAAUAAAAGGCAGGGUAUGAUAGGAAGACAGCUAUGAGUGUCUUAGAGGUCUAGAAUCAAGUGUGGUAGCAUCAAUCUACUGUUUCCUGCAAAACAAAGUGAGAUUUACCUCCCUGCAGUCAAUACUGUUAAGUACAUAUAUAAUAAUGUGUUAUCGAUACAAUAUAUAUAACCGGUUCACUUAAUUAGUAGCUUAGCAUACAAUUUAUAUCUCGUACUCACUCGGUAAACGCGCACACAUGAUUUAUACGUGAUUUUUUUGGAUGGAGUAAUGAGGAUCAAAAUGUCGAUGUUGCGGGUAUGGAGAAUAUUUCUUCAGCGAGAUACAAUGCCACCUCAUCUUUUUGAUACCGUUACAACAAUAUCGAUAUCAGCAAGCUUCUUCGUCAAAGACUGGCAUACCAAACAUUGUCGAUAAAGGCAAAUCCAUAUGGUACAAGAUGUAAGAACGAUGCAUAAUAAAAACACCGUUGGACAGUAAUCUCAGCGUUUUAAAUUAUGAGAUAUUGACAGUGUCAUCAUUGUUAUAAAGUAUGAAAUAUUGACAGUGUCAUCAUUGUUAUAAAGUAUGAGAUAUUGACAGCGUCAUCAUUGUUAUAAAGUAUGAGAUAUUGACAGCGUCAUCAUUGUUAUAAAUUAUGAGAUAUUGACAGCGUCAUCAUUGUUAUAAAUUAUGAAAUAUUGACAUCGUAGUUUAUAUGUAUAUAUAUUAUUUUGUUGCUGUGAUUUGAAUAGGUAGGUUUAUCGAAACUGAGAGAGGGCGAGGUAUCCAGUGAUUCAACGCUGUCAAGCUUUGUCUGGAUAACACAGUGCUUGAAGUUUGGUUUGUAUUGAGAGUGAAGGGUGACAUCGGCAGACAUUUAGUGCUUUGUGUACAAUUUGUUUCUUUCAGGUGAUAAAUGAAUAUUAGUUCUAAGAGAUUGUAAUUCAAUCAGAGUCGACGACAAUUAUAUAAAUGUAUAUAUAUAUAUAUAUAUAUAUAUAUCGAAAUAGGUUUUUUUAAAUCACAGUGUCCGGUAUAAGAUAUUAAAAGAAAUAUAAUAAACAAUACACAAAGUUAAAGUUAAAAUUUUAACGCAAACGCUUUCAUUUUAUAAUCCUCGGACAUUACAUUUUAAAAUAGUUUUUAAAUUUGUGUAUAUAUAUAUAUAUAUAUAUAUAUAUACAUACAUACAUAUAUAUAUAUAUAUAUAUAUAUAUAUAUAUAUAUAUAUAUAUAUAUACAUGUAUAUAUUAAAGAGAAAAAAUAUUAGAACGCCGAAAUUAAAUCAACCGGUUUCAUUUUCAAUCAUUAACUCUCUUGAAGGUUGAAAAUGAAACCGGUUAAGUUAUUUUCGGUGUUCUAAUUUUUGUUUAUUACAACAUUACCUGUGUGGAUAUUUACAUGUGUUGCAUUAUCUUGUUCAUAACUUGUUGAUAGUUUAGUUUUACAGUUUAUAACCUACCUUAGAUCGAUACCUGAUAUUUUGAUUGUAAUGUAAGUAACGUCUCUGAUCCCUAGACCGGAAGUUCUGGACGUUUAGGUAAGGACUACCUAAACAAUCGAAUGUUUUUUAUUAUCGUGUUUAAUGACACUCAUACCAAGUCAUAGCUCGAUUUCCGAUUUCACUAGUUGUGAAUCUUAUUGACGACUAUUGAAUACAUAGGAUUGGAGGAAGAAGUUCCAAUUAUUUAAUUCCAUUUGAAAAAAAAUAUCAAAUAUCUAUUCGUAUCGCAUAUUCAAAUCCCGUGUCAAAUAUUAAAAUAUUCAUUACUUUGAAACAGCUUCUGGAUGAGUGACCCCAAGGUUCCCGGUUUUAUUAUGGUGGCUUAGUGUCCUGUACCUAGUGGUAGAUGGAACAACAAAUGUACAUGGGAAAUGGAAACAAAGUGACACAUUAAAUUUACUAUCAUAUCAUGUCCAUAUUUCAGAUUUCAUCUUCAGCCUUUGAAGCCAUGCAUUCAAGAAGCGUCAUCCAUUGUAUCAAACUAAGGUGGGGUGUGUGGAUUUUGGAUACGAGCGUACUUUAGAGGAUGCUAACCUUCACAUUUCAAUGGUGGAUCGGACUCGUCGUUAUAUUCAAACUUUAUGUGACGGGGUGUACCAUGAAUUGUGUAAAAAAAAAUCAUGCUUCUGUUGUAUAUGUAUUGGAAACAUAAUAUUUGUAUUCUCCUUUUUCUUGCAGCUCACCCGAGCUAUACGUGAGCUUUCAGAUUACCUCUUGCUUAUCGUCUGCCGGUCUGUCCGUUAUUUUUAACUUCCCCAGAACCACUGGAUCACUUUCAAUCAAACUUGCAAUAAAGCACCCCUGGUUAAAGGAAUUCAAAUCUAUUCAAAUGAAGGAUCGUGCCAUUUUCAAACGGGGGAAUAAUUAAAAAAUAGUAAAAAUAUAUUGGCAUCAUUUAAAACCUUUUCUCAAGAGUUACUAAACCAGAAAAGACAAAAACCUCCGUGAAAGAUUUCUUAAUGAGUGUGAACUCAUAUUUGUUCAAAUCAUGAACCACGGGAGUAGGGUAGGGCCACAAUAGGGAUAAACAUUUACAUCGGGAUACAUAGGAAAAGAAUAUUUUACUUCAGAACAACUGCAGGGUCUAGAUCAAUCAUAUUAUUGUGCAGGCAUUCUCAGGUAGUGUAGUUUUUAGCUUGGUUACGGGGGUAGGGUAGGACAACAGUUCGGAAACGAAGUUUUAGAUGGGAAUUUAUAGAGAAUCUAAAAAAGAGCAACAGGACCAUUACUGGUCACACUAACAUGCAGGCGUCAUCAGGAAUUGGAAAUUCAAGUUUGUUCAAUUUGUGGCCCCCGGGGAAAGGGUGGGCCGCAAUAAGGAAUCGAAAUUUUACAUGGGAACAUUUAGCGAAAAAGUUUUAAAAUCUUCUUAAUAUGAACAACUAGGUCAUGUUUGUCAUUUUGAUAGACAAGCAUCCUCAGGUAGUGCAGAUUUGAAAUUGUUCAAAUCAAUGCACACACCCCAUCCCGGGAUAUGAUGGGGUCACAAAAUGUUUUCAUAGUUUUACAUUGGAAUAUAUUGGGGAAACUUUAAAAAUUCUCCUCGAGAGUGCCAGAACCAUGGGGGUUGAGUGUGUGGGAGGGGGAGGGGCGUAGGAUAGGAUCUCAAUAAUUAUCAAAUUUCUACAUAAGAAUAAAUAGCAAGAAACCUUUAAACAUCUUCUCAAGAGCAGCAGGACAAAGACUAGUCACAUCAAUAUGCAAGCAUCUUCAUGAAAUGCAAAUUAACGUUACACCAAAUCGCUGUCCCGAGAUAGCACGGAUAGGUUUGGUCUAUACAAUAUGGAAUUAACGUUUUACAUGGGAAAUGUUUGAAAAUGUUCUUCUCAAAAGGAACAGAGCCAGUAUUUGUAUCUUCAGGUAGAGCGGAUUGAAGUUUGCUUAAAAGAUGGUCGACAGGGGUGGGUUGGAGCAACAACAGGGAAUCAAAAUUUUAUGUGGGAAUAUAUCUUCCAUAAGGUCUUUAAAAAUCCUCUUUUUUUAGAACUUCUAGUCCUAAGUCGUGAUUAAUCAUAUUACUAUGUAAAUAUUCCAAUCUAGCACAGAUUCAUAUUUGAUCAAAUCAUGGUCCCUGGAGCUAAAAUAGGGACUCUGAUUUUUACGCGAGAAUAAAUGUAGGAAUAUUUUGAAAAGAUUCUUUCAAGAACAGCAGGGUCACACUAAAUCAUAUUUAUGUGCAAACAUGCCAAAUGGUGUGGAUGCAAAUUGUAUUCUUCAAUUUAUAGACCCUAUGGUUAGAGUUGGGCUAGAAUCGGAAAUCAGAUUUUACACUCAUUUACGAGGGGAUAAUCUUAUUUUAUGAUUUGCAAAGUCAAUGUCCAUGCAUCACUAUGUUGUAUGGAUCACAAUUCGGUUAAAUCAUGAGACUAGGGUGGAGUUACAUGUAUGACAUGGUGGAAAUAGAGAGGAUAACAAUCUUAUAAAAAUCUUCUGGACUCAGGCGAGCGUUGUGGACCAUGUGUCUCUUGUAUUUCAAUUUUCAUUUUUACAUUCCUUUAUAUUGUAAACUGGUGAUACUUAUGUAUGUACUUAUACUUAUGUAUCAGCCUUUCAUACAAUCAUUGGAAUUUCUAGAUCAAUACAAUGUCUUAGCCACCUGACAAGUACAAUAUUCACCGAGGCCAUAGGACGAGGUGCUUGUAUUAUGAUACGAGAGUAGUUAAAGCAUCGUAUUCAUCGAGAAAAUAUCAAUAAUUGUUUCAUGAUAUGAUUGAGUAAUUCAGAGCAUUGAAACCGGCUACUAGAGUUAAUAGAAACGAAACGAUACCUGAUCGGCUAUCUUUGUUUACAGCUAAAGUGCAAGACCAAGUAGAAAGUGAUUAAAGAUAAUAGCUUUCAAUAGACGACAACCAAACUGAUAACCAAUGGUAUCAAUUUGGGAAUUCGAAACUUAUCUUUGGAUGUUGGAAUUAUCUUGCUUUACCUCGAAGGCACGUGGAGGUGAAUAUUGUGUUCAAUUCUUUUUUAGAAAGCUCGGAAUUACCCAUCAUGUAAAAUGGAAGAGAGAGAGAGAUUCUUUAGAAAGCUCGGAAUUACCCUAUCAUGUAAAAUGGAAGAGAGAGAGAGAGAGAGAGAGAGAGAGAGAGAGAGAGAGAGAGAGAGAGUAUAUCUAAAGAUGAUAAUGUUGUAUUUUUUUCCAUGGAAGAAUGUGCAAGUUUGUAUGACAAUGCUAUUUUGUUGUACAAAUCAUGUUUAUUCAUAUGAAAAUAUCAGAAAAAGAUAAUGGUGGGCUAGUAAAUAAAUGUAAUCAUACAUAAAAGAAUGCGGUAGAUGUAUCUUACCAUUGCAUUACAUGUACACAUACAAUAUAAUUAUUAUUGAAAUUAUUAUUAUUUGUUGUCAAUGAUUAUCAUACAAUAUGAAUGAACCGUUCUUUAUCAACAGUUUUUUUUCUACCGAAACAUUAUCUAAAAUAAUUAAUGUUUAAGACUUGUAUAUUUUACUCCGUUCUAUUUAUAUACAGUAUAACAUUUCUACAGCGAAGAACUGGGAACGAAAAAUUUUGAUUUGUUAACUAUAAAAGUAAUUUGUUCCUCAUUAUAUCCAGUAAGUUCAUGUUAUGUUUUAAAACUACAAGGAAUAAAAAUCACUUUACUGUAAGUGUGAUUUCAUUAUAAGGGUGUUCUCUGUAACCGUGUUUUAAUGUAAGUGUGAGUUCAUUAUAAGUGUUUUCCCUGUAACCGUGUUUUACUGUAUUGGCUUUAGGAUAUGUAUUGUUUAAUGAUCAACAUUAAUAAAGUUUGUAAUUUUGA